AUGGACGGAAAGAAUGCGAGCGCGGACCCCCAGCUCCAGCAGUUCAUCGAGAUCGAGUCUCAAAAGCAAAAGUUUCAACAGCUGGUGCACCAAAUGACGGAAGUGUGCUGGGAGAAGUGCAUGGACAAACCAGGACCCAAAUUGGAUUCCAGGACAGAUACAUGUUUCGUCAAUUGCGUGGAGAGAUUCAUCGACACCAGCCAGUUCAUACUUAACAGACUGGAACAGACGCAGAGGAGUCGAGGGUCUUUCUCGGACAGCAUGACAGACUAG